GCAGAUGACCUGUGGUAUCUCAUGCGUGGACAAUGCACUCAACAGAUCGUUCUACAAACUGGGCCUGUUCAUCGGCCGGCAUCCCGGUUACUUUCUCAUAGUGCCAGUGCUGUUGGCGCUACUCUGCAUGACGGGAUACCAACAGAUACGCUACGAGAUCGACCCCGAGUACCUGUUCUCGCCGAUCCGAGGCGAGGGCAAAUCCGAACGUGCCAUCGUGGAGAACUACUUCAAGGUCAACUACACACACCGCUUCAACGUUGGCCGCAUCACACGACCGGGGCGUUUCGGUCGGGUGAUUGUCAUCUCCAAAGACGAAAACAACAAGAACCUUCUGAGGAGAGAAGUGUGGGAGGAGCUGCGGCUGCUGGAUGGGAUCAUCCAGAAUGCAACGGCCCACUACGAUGGGGAAUCGUAUACCUAUCGGGACAUUUGUGCCCGAUGGGAAAAGGAGUGCUUUACCAACGAUAUCCUCAAUCUGGACCAGAUUAUUGAUGAGGUGGAAGCCGGUGAGCUGAAUCUCACCUUUCCAGUCAUGUUUAAUCCGGUCACAUGGGAUGCACACGUGUUUCCGGUCUUCUUCGGGGGGACACAAGUCUCGGAGGACAACCUGAUCAUUUCCGUUCCCUCGCUGCAGCUAGUAUACUUUGUGACGGCUGAUUCCAAACGGCAGGACGCACGUGGUGCCACCUGGGAGGAAGCUUUCCUGGAUGCAGUCGGCUAUGCGGAGGACAGUGGCACCGUCUUCAAACACAUAUCGGUGGCCCGAUUUGCAUCCCGAACGUUGGAUCACGAGCUGGAAAAGAACACUCGGACAGUCGUGCCUUACUUCAGCUCGACCUUCAUACUGAUGGCGGUUUUCAGCGUUGUGACGUGCAUGAUGGGUGACGUCGUCCGGUCGAAACCGUGGCUCGGCCUGAUGGGCAACGUGUCUGCUGUGAUGGCCACGAUGGCCGCCUUUGGACUGGCCAUGUACCUCGGCAUCGAGUUUAUCGGCAUCAAUCUGGCGGCACCGUUUCUAAUGAUCGGAAUCGGUAUCGAUGACACAUUCGUAAUGCUCGCGGCGUGGCGACGCACCUCGGUCAAACUGUCGGUGCCAGAACGCAUGGGCCAUACGAUGUCCGAGGCGGCCGUUUCCAUCACCAUCACAUCGCUGACGGACAUGAUCUCGUUUUGGAUCGGCAUCGCCAGUCCGUUCCCUUCGGUGCGGAUCUUCUGCAGCUACAGCGGCCUGGCCGUGUGCUUCACCUACCUGUGGCAUGUGACGUUCUUCGCUGGCUGUAUGGCCGUUUCGGGGUACUGCGAGUACCGGAAUCUUCAUGCCAUCUUUGGCUUCAAGGUGCUGCCCGAGUCGGUUGCUAUCAAAGAAAAGCGAACCUGGCUAUACCGGAAGCUGAACACGGGUGGAAUCAACCGGGACGAUCCGGACAACCCGAUCGACAACAAGGAGCACGUGCUGAUGAAGUUCUUCCGGGAUCGGGUGGCGAGCGUGCUGAACAAGGGCUGGGUCAAGGCGUUGAUCAUUUUGGUGUUUGCCGCUUAUUUGGGUGGGGCUUGCUAUGGGCUGACGAAUAUCAAGGAGGGUUUGGAACGGAGGAAAUUGUCCAAGGCGGAUUCGUAUUCGGUGAAAUUUUUCGACCUGGAAGACGACUAUUAUCGGGAGUUUCCUUACCGGAUACAGGUGAUCGUUACCGGGGAUUUGAACUAUUCGGAUCCCAAUACACAGGCACAGAUUGAAGAUCUGAUGCAAUCGCUGGAGAAUACAUCGUACAUUACUUCACCGCUGUACAGUGAAUCCUGGCUGCGAUCGUUCAUCUCGUACGUGGAUCGGAAUAAUGAUUAUUUGAAUCUUACGCUGGAUAGCGAACAGGCGUUCAUCGAUGCUUUGAAGGAGAUUUGGCUGUUCCCGGCUAAUCCGUUCUCGCUGGAUGUGAAGUUUAGCGCAGAUGGUAAACGCAUCGAAGCGUCACGUUUUAUGAUCCAAGCGGUCAAUAUUACCGAUACGAAUCACGAGAAGGUUAUGGUGAAGGAUCUUAGGCAGAUAUGCAAGGAAUCGCCGCUGAAUGCGACCGUUUUCCAUCCGUAUUUCGUGUUCUUCGACCAGUUUGAGUUGGUUCGGCCGACUUCGAUUCAAUCGAUGGUGGUGGGUGCGCUGAUAAUGAUGUUGAUAUCGUUCAUCUUUAUACCGAACUUCCUGUGCUCGUUGUGGGUGGCGUUUUCGAUCGUGAGCAUUGAGCUGGGCGUGGCAGGAUACAUGAGCUUGUGGGAUGUGAAUCUGGAUUCGAUUUCGAUGAUCAAUUUGAUCAUGUGUAUUGGAUUUUCGGUGGACUUUACGGCGCACAUUUGUUACACUUAUAUGUCCAGUAAGGCGAAACAUCCGGAUCAGAGGGUGCGGGAAGCGCUGUAUAGCUUAGGAAUGCCGAUCGUGCAAGGAAGUCUCAGUACGAUAUUGGGAGUUGUUGCUUUGCUGUUGGCUGAUAGCUAUAUUUUCUUGGUGUUCUUCAAAAUGGUGUUUUUGGUUAUCUUCUUUGGUGCUAUGCAUGGACUGUUCCUUCUGCCGGUGUUGCUAUCGUUGUUUGGACCUGGAUCGUGUAGCUCGUAUUCGGAAGAUGAUUUGAAAAUGUCUCCGGUGGAGAAAACUUACCCACAUCCGUAUUGCAUUUCGCAUCCGCAACUUGCUUUAACGGGAGCUUUCGGUAGUAAAACGUUUCUGGGAGCACCCUAUAAGGCGUAUGGAGAUGAGAAAGAUCUAGGUCUAGGAACAUCCGGAGAAGACUCGAGUGAAAGUUCAAGCAGCAAAUCACAGCGUAGACAACAGAUUGAAGAUGAGAACACUAGGAGACGCUAUGAGGAAGGAUGGAGACGAUCUUCACACAACCUGACAGGUCAAAGUCAGUUCCAACCGGUGCUGGAUUUGUACGGACAAGAUAACCUAUGGGCCAAACCCGUUCCGAAGCCUCCGAUGAAAGUUGGCAAUGCACGAUACGGUUACGACGAUAUGCUAAACCUAGCUCAAGGACAGAUUGCAGCAAAGAAGAAGUUUGAGCUCGAAAGUGAACGCGAUCGACGAAAACCGGACGAGCUUCGUAAUCGGAACAAACCACGCUACGAAGACAACCGAACGUUCGAGAAUGACGAAGCUCUCGAUGAAGAAUACGCUCACACGAACCGGUACUACAUCUACGAUACGAGUCACGUGAAGCGUCUAUCGAACGAUAGCAAUAACAGCGGAAGUGACAGCAACAACAGCGCUAAUCAACGUCGCAAAUACUCGGACGAAAGCGACAAAGACAAGCAGCGACGAUUCAGUGACGAACGAAGGCCACGAAAGUAUUCCCCACCGGAGGGAAUCUACAAGCAGAACCCAAAUCGUUCGUCCUCGCAGCACAAUCUGUACUACCCUCGACAACCUCCGCAGCGAACUUCGUCCCAGAGCAGUCUCCACCAGCUGAGGCACAUGGGCGAUAUGAGAUUUCCCUGAGGAUCUCUCUCUCCGUGGAGAUGAGUCCUCAACACCUCGAAAACCGUCUGUGCCCAUGUGGCUCCCCCUUUCCACUGACUGGGAUGCGGGUCGUCUGAUGAUAAUGCACCCCUAGGCGUUUAAGUAGGAAAUUUAAAGAUUCUUCCCCCCUUAAUCUUAUAAGUGAAACCCUGUAGAGAUUAAACCUUUUCCUAGUGGGGUGAUCUAGUUUUUUGAGUACAUAGGUGUUUGCGAAACCACCUUGUUGUCGCAAUGAUGAAGUAGGCAAGCGUUAAGCUAAGGAAAUAAGUAUGAGUUGGACCAACCAACAGAUCCAACUCCCUGUAAGCUUCCUAAUAGAUAUACCACAAUCGAGUCUUGUUCUAACAAUAAUGUUUCAGUCGCACAAAGCCUUUUGAGAAGUUUGGCAUUCAAAAGGUUAACCGAUUGUCUUCUGGUUGAGUUCAAGCUUGUUCCAUUUUGGAAAAAAAAAAUCAAGAAUAAGACAUUUUGAAAGAUAAAAACCUCUCCUGGAACUUCGAGAACGCUGCAAAAUAUAUUUAAAUAAAAUACUUCGCGUUGGAUUAACACAAUCAGGCCAACAAUCUCCCCAAUUUGCUCAAACGUUUUUCAGGUUUACAAGUGCUAAAUACUAAAUAGGCUUACCCAUUUUCAAACAAACUUCUAUCGGAUUUGGUUUAAACUACUAAAAUCACUUGCUCACCAACUCUUUUUUUAUGUAGAAAAAUUAACGUUCAAUUUACCAUUUGCCAAAUGAAGCACCCAAGAAAGGACUAUCACAUACCUAAAGACAUAUUUGCUAAACUGCUUCGCUUGAAAGGAAAAUUAAUCGUAAUCUUGAGGUUAAAAGCGUAAUGUUGUAUUAUAUUGAUAGGUACUGAAUAACUGAUGAGCGAAUGAAAGUGUUUGAAUGAGUGUGAAUGCUAGUUUUGUCUUAUUAAAGUAAAUAAAUUUAAGAAAAUAAUUAUGAAUCAACAAGCGAUCGUGUGCCCCCUCAUUUAACUUAAUCAAACGAAACCGACAUCGAUCAGAAACAGGAAAAAAACCGAUCAAACAACUGAACGAGUGUUUGCGUGUGUGUUAUUUAAUUUAAUUAUUGAGCUUAGUAAACUAAUUGUAGCUGUAAGUAUGUUAAAAAAACAAAAAAGUGUUAUUUAGAUAAUCCUAAAGACAACCAACAGUUGAAACCGACGGGAAUCUGGAGAUUUAUCCCCCUAUUGGACCUUCCUUCGAUUUUUUCGCGUUGUACGAUAAGAACAAACAUUUUUUCAGGUAGCGGAACUGAUAUAUACUAGUAAACAAAUAUUUACUGUCGGAUUUAAAAUAAAGAACAAAAUAACAAGCAUAUCUAUUCCUACACUUUUGUAACUACACACAUUUUACAGGAAUUGUUUUCUUUUUUUUUUGUAACGAUAUUCAUACAUCUCUUCAUAUAAUUGAAUGGAUACCUCCGGCGGGUUAGUAAUCUCAACAUGGACUCAGCAGACUCGAAUGCAAAGUCUCCCCGGGAUAAACUCUUUCGACCUUUUGCGAUAGAUAGCCUGUCUUUUGGGUGGGUAUUUGUAUAAUAUUUAAAAAAAAAAGAAACAAUAACAUCGAAACGUGUUAAUUUAAAACUGAGGCCAAUAUAUUUUGUAUAAAAA